CAGAGCUACAUUUUGUCCUCAAACUCUGUGCCCUGGGAGGUGAUUGAAGAAGUCGACCAGCAAGGACGGGGCAGGGAGAGGAGUCAGCAGGCGGACGCAGGUGUGCCGGCCCUGCCUGCUGCCGCCACACAGAGGAUGGAGGUCCUCAACGCGACCACCCAGGUCAACUUCACCCUGCCGCCCAACUUCGGCAAGCGUCCCACCGACCUGGCCCUGAGCAUCAUCCUGGUGAUCCUGUUGCUCAUCAUCAUGCUCUCGCUGGGCUGUACCAUGGAGUUUAGCAAGAUCAAGGCUCACUUCUGGAAGCCUAAAGGGCUGACCAUUGCCCUGCUGGCCCAGUAUGGCAUCAUGCCCCUCACUGCCUUUGUGCUGGGCAAGAUCUUCCGGCUAAACGACAUUGAGGCGCUGGCCAUCCUGAUCUGUGGCUGCUCGCCAGGGGGGAACCUGUCCAAUAUCUUCAGUCUGGCCAUGAAGGGGGACAUGAAUCUCAGCAUCGUGAUGACCACCUGCUCCACCUUCUUUGCCCUGGGCAUGAUGCCCCUCCUCCUGUAUAUCUACACCAGGGGGAUCUAUGAUGUGGACCUGAAGAACAAAGUGCCCUAUGGAGGCAUUGUGCUAUCCAUGAUCCUCGUUCUCCUUCCUUGCACCAUAGGGAUCUUCCUCAAUGCCAAACGGCCACAAUAUGUACGCUAUGUCAUCAAGGGAGGGACGAUCAUCUCACUUGUGCUCACCGUGGCUGUGAUAGCACUCUCUGCCAUCAACGUGGGCAAGAGCAUCCUAUUUAUCUUCACACCACACUUAAUGGCCACCUCCUCCCUAAUGCCUUUUGUUGGCUUCCUGCUGGGCUACAUUCUCUCUGCUCUUUUCAGCCUCAAUGGACGGUGCAGGCGCACAGUCAGCAUGGAGACCGGCUGUCAAAACGUUCAACUGUGUUCCACCAUUCUCAAUGUGACCUUCCCCCCUGAAGUCAUUGGACCACUUUUCUUCUUUCCUCUCCUGUACAUGAUCUUCCAGCUUGGAGAAGGUCUUCUCCUCAUCGCCAUCUUUCAGUGCUAUGAGAAAAUAAAGCCUUCCAAAGACAAAACAAAGAUGAUUUACACAGCUGCCACAACUGAAGUAACAAUUUCAGGAGCUAUGAGCAAUGGCACACACAAAGGGGAAUGCAGUGCUCCCGGGAACAUCUGAACCUUCUCCCAGCAUCCUGGAUUGUGGUCAGAGAGCAACACAGAUAAGCUCUGGAGAACAGAGUGUGAUAAGCUCUGGAGAACAGAAUGAUGAAAGAACACCCAAGUCUGAGUCUUUGCCCAGUAUUUCUAGCAAAAACUACCAAUCAGCCGGCCUUGACAGAGGACAGUCAACCUGAAAAGCCUCACCUGUUUCCAACUUAGGAUUUGAUACUCCUUUAUAAAAGACACUCAAUGACAGCUGGAACUAAAACUGCCUUUUCCUGUGGUGUCUCUAUCACCAGUGCCUGAUAAACAUGUAAAGACACACAAUUUCUGACUAGUCAAAAAAUGUUUUAUCCAAAAUAAAAUUCAAAUUAUGUUCCAACUUUGUUUAAAAGAUGCUGUAGAAUCAGACUUAAAAAGGCCUUUCUGACCUUAGAAAGCCAGACCACAUUCCUUCCGUUUUGAGGUUACUAUGACUUAAGUUCCUAAAGACACAAAAUACAGCAAGUAUGCAGAAACAGAAAUAAAAUGCAAAAAGCUAUCAACUCAAAA